CACUUCAAGGAGAUUCGAGAGGACCGCAACUUACACUAUCCGUCGCUGGCCCCAAGGACAUAUCCUCAACCAAAGACGGCGGACCUGUGCAGCCUCGUAAUAUUUCCUUCCCUACACAUUUGAUUGGCAAUCAGCAUCGCGCAUUCACACCUUUGCUGUAUGAAAAGUAUCCCUGGAUUGAGUAUUCGCAAAUGGAGGAUGCCAUCUUCUGUUUCCACUGUCGUAAUUUUUCAGAGAAUCGGAAGGAUCCAGCGUUUGUUAGUCAAGGCUUGCGCAAUUGGAAAAGAUGCUAUGGCACCAAAGUGAAUGAUAACAAACUCUUGCAACAUCAAACCAGCCAUCUUCAUGCCCAAAGUGUAGCUGCUAAAGCGCACUAUGAAAACGUUAAGUCUGGAAAUUUUCAGACCAUUGCCACACUUCAUGAUGCCGCUUAUUCGAAACUGGUUAAAGACAACAGGCAUUACAUGCGAGUGAUUUGCGAAGUCCUGCUUCUCACUGCUCAGCGGAAGAUUGCCCAACGUGAGACUGGAGGUUCAUUUCGUGUUGCCGAUAUAAAUAAAGAAGCUCUAGACUAUGGACCUUCUUGUGGUAAUUUUCUUGCGAUACUUGGUCUUCUUGCAAGGCAUGACCCAGUUGUUGCUGACAAAAUCCGCACUGGCCCGAAAAAUGCAAAGUAUACUCACCACAGCGUACAGAAUGCCAUCUUAGACAUUAUGAAAGACAUGGUUCUUGAGCAAAUAAAAAGUGAGCUCAAUAAGGCUCAGUAUUUUACCGUCCUUUCAGAUGAGUCUAAAGAUAGAAGCAAAAAAGAGCAGCUUGUUGUUGCAGUCCGUUACUGCUACGAGAAUGCCAUACAUGAGGAAUUUAUUGGCAUUGCUGAGGCGCAAAGUUUAGAUGCAGAUGGUCUUUCAGACACAAUAAUUGAACGAUUGCAACGCAUCGAAGCCAACAUGAAAGCAUGCGUGGGGCAAGGCUACGAUGGAGCUUCUGUUGUUUCUGGUCACCUGAAUGGCGUUCAAAGGAAACUUCCUCUGAAAACCGGUGCUGAAAUGGCUUACUACGUCCAUUGCUUUUGUCAUCGAUUGAACCUUGUGAUCGUCGAUGUUGUGAAAUCAAUCAGUUGUGUGGCAGACAUGAUAUCGCUAUUCAGAAGCCUGCAUUCUUUUCUGAGCAGCAGCACCGUUCAUGUACGAUGGGUAAAGGUCCAAGAGGAUCACAAGGUUCAUGUGAUGGAAAUUGGAAAAGUUUCUGACACGAGAUGGUCUUGCCAGGCGAAGCAAUUCAAUGUUUUCUGGGAGCGGUUGGAUAUCUUGGUGGAAGUCCUGCAGGAUGUGAUUGACACAGAUACGAACCCCGGUCGCAGAACAGAAGCUACUGGUUAUCUUCUGCAGAUUGACAGGAAAUUUGUGAGAUACCUGUUUGCCAUCCGACACGUCUUGAACAAAGCCAAAUUUGCGUCUGACAUGUUGCAGAAACCCUCCAAUGAUUUGAGUCAAGCCAUUGAUCUCAUUGCAACAUUGAAAGAUGAACUGGAUGACUGUCAAAGCAGGGAUAAGAUUCAAGAGUUCUGGGAUACUGCCGAAGAAGCAGCGGAUCGCUUGGAAUUGCCGGAAGAAAAAAGACCACCAAGAAAGAGGGCAACGCCUGCUUCUCUUCGAGAGUUUGUUGUGGAAGCAUCUUCAGAGCCUCAAGUAGCAAGCGGGUUUGAUGGCUACGUACAAAAUGUCAAAGAAAUACUAAACAGAACAACUGCAGAACUUUGCAAGCGGUUUGACGAAAAAAACAUAAAGAUCAUGAAAGGCAUAACUGCAUUGGCCCCCAAGUCGAAAAGCUACUUGGACCCAACAACUCUUGUCAAUUUUGCUGAGCUUUUUCAGUCUGAAAUUGGUGCACUACGCAGUGAAAUUGCCACAUUUAAAUAUAUGCUCUCAAGAAAAGAAGAAAAACACCGCCCAAGCACACUUCUGCAACUAGAGGCACACUUGGAAAAGCUAAAUGAAGCUUUCUUUGAGCUGCACCGGCUUGUAUCCAUCGCAUGCACUUUGCCAGUCUCUUCAGCCGAAUGUGAACGCAGCUUCAGCUCUAUGCGCCUCAUCAAGAGUGAUCUGCGCUCACUUAUGAAGGACGAGCGUCUAGACAGUCUGAUGAUGCUAGGUAUUCAUCGUGCCCGUGGAAGUGCUCUUGACUUGGACUCAGUAGUAGACAGAUUUAAGGCUAAGUUCCCGAAGAGUAGAAUUGCUCUGUGA